AGACAAAGGGGGAUUAUUUUCACUCGCUUGAUUUUUUUGUUUGUUGCUGAAAAUGUCCACGAGAUCCUCUUUCGGCGAUGAGGAGCAAACAAAAGUGCCCCGCAUCAUGACCUUCCGGCCCAGCUACGAGGAGUUCAAGGACUUCUCCGGCUACAUAGAGUAUAUAGAAUCCCGCGGAGCUCACCUAGCCGGCUUGGCCAAAAUCCAGCCACCGGCGGAAUGGGUGCCCCGCAAGUCGGGCUACGACAUAGAGAACAUCAAUAUGACAAUUCCGGCGCCGAUCAGUCAGGUGGUCACGGGGGCCCACGGAGUUUACCAGCAGAUCAACAUCCAGCAGCGCCGCCAGAUGACCCUGCGCCAGUUCAUGGAGAAGGCCAACUCCGAGCUGCACCAGACGCCGCGCCACUUCGACUACGAGGACCUGGAGCGCAAGUACUGGAAGAACAUCACCUACAUAUCGCCCCUGUACGCGGCCGAUGUCAAGGGAUCGCUGAGCGACGAGGAGCUGGACGUGUGGAACAUCGGGCGACUGGACACCAUCCUGAACCUGGUCAACACGGACUACAACAUCAUCAUCGACGGCGUGAACACGGCCUACCUCUACUUUGGCAUGUGGAAGAGCUCCUUUGCCUGGCACACCGAGGACAUGGAUCUGUACUCGAUCAACUAUCUGCAUUUCGGAGCUCCCAAGACCUGGUACGCCAUCCCGCCGGCCUAUGGCAGACGGCUGGAGAAGCUGGCCAACGACACCUUCGCCGAGAACUACCAGGAGUGCAAUGCCUAUCUGCGCCACAAGAUGACCAUGAUCAGUCCGAAGGUGCUGCGCCAGCACAACAUACCCUACAACAAGAUUACCCAGGAGGCGGGCGAGAUCAUGAUCACGUUUCCCUUCGGCUACCAUGCUGGGUUUAAUCAUGGCUUUAAUGGCGCCGAGUCCACCAACUUCGCGUCGAAGCGUUGGAUCGAGUACGGCAAGCGGGCGAGCAUCUGCAAGUGCCGCAGCGACAUGGUCAAGAUCUCGAUGGAGACCUUCGUGCGCCGCUUCCAGCCAGAGCGCUACGACAAUUGGUUGAGGGGCGAGGAUAUUGGCUGCCACCCCGAAGAGCCGGGGAAAGUAUGCGCUGCGGCGCCGCCAACCUUAAAUGAGUAUGAAAAACAGGCCAGUUUACGUGUGGCCAAACCCAAGGAAGAGUCGCCACAAAAGCGCGGCUGCUCGCUGGCCGCCAAUGGAUGUGAAUCGAGUGCGGAGCCCACCGAGGAUGCCGACGACAGGGCCAGUGUGAGCAGCUACAACAGCUGUCGCCAGCUGCAGCCCGUUGUUAAGCUGCGUAAGCUCCCAUCCUAUCCUUCCGUACCUGAACCAGCUGCCGCAGCAAAGAGAUACGACUUCAAUUCCGAGGCCGUUGUGCGCGUGAAGCGUUUGUGGAACGAACUGCCGUGUCCACAGGCCGGUGUCAAUCUGCUCACCAACGGCGUGGUGAAGAACACCAAGCGCAUGCGGUUCCAGACAAAAGUACUCACACUUGACGACGAGGACUGAGGAUUCCACUGAUAACACUGCUGCGAGGCAGUCUUUCGAUCUCCUUGUUGUAUUUUUGAGCGGCUGCAAUCAAAGAUCCACUAGUGAUAGGCAAUUUGUAUUUUUUAAUAGUUUCUAAGCAGACUUGACGCCAUUACCAAGAAGAUAUGUGUAUAGAGUUUAGGAGACAAGCAAAUUCGUAUUUAAAAACUGUGCAAAAUUUAUAAAUUUUUAAGAUGUAAUUGGAGCGAGGCAAAUAUUUUGUAACAAGUGUCCGUUCCCACCGAAAAGAAAUUGCACUACACUUCAAUUUGGACUAAGCCGAAAUCCUUUUACAAAGUAACGCCCAAAGGGGUCAAUGCCUGUAAUCACUUUGAUUUGUUAUGACAUGUGUGAAAUUCUUUUGCAACAAAUGGCGGAACGCCUCUUUAAUUGCUACGAUUCGCGGGCUAUAAAAGCAUUCAGAGUCUUUCCUCGUCACAGUUAC